CCUGCAAAUUCUCUUCGCCAACCAACCAUUCAAAUUCUCCAUUCCUCAAUUGUUUUUCCGCAGAUUGAAUUUUUCGGUGCUAGUUCAAACCAUUGACAACAAACUUUGUGCUUGUCCUAUAGAGUGGUGAAUGAGGAACAACAAUAUAUAGUUCCAUAACAAAGUAGAAAUAUCAACAAAAUUUAAAUGGCUAUGAGAGGGGAUGGGGAAGAAGCCACGGGUGUCUCGCGUCCCCCGGCGGGAAUGCACUCGGAACGGACGCCCUCGGCCGACUUCUUAUCGGACAAUGAGCUCUCCAUGCAAUCCAACACCGCCGCCUCCCCCAUGAGCCCUUACUAUGAUCCUGGCCGCCUCAGCGGCGAGGGAUCCCCAUUGAUGAUGUCACCAUGGAACCAAACCGCAAAUUCGCGAUUUUCAAAGGAAUUAUGCUCCCAAGGCGGCGAAAGCACCGCACAAAGUGCUCUCCUGGGCUCCCUGGUCCGGGAGGAGGGACACAUAUACUCCUUGGCUGCCACCGGUAACCUCCUUUACACUGGCUCCGAGAGCAAGAACAUCCGUGUGUGGAAGAACCUCCAAGAAUUCUGUGGCUUCAAAUCAAACAGUGGUUUGGUUAAGGCCAUCAUAAUAUCUGGACAUAAAAUCUUCACUGGUCACCAAGAUGGUAAAAUUCGUGUUUGGAAGGUUAACCCUAAGGCACCAAAUGUUCACAAACGCGCAGGAACGUUGCCAACUUUGAAAGAUAUACUCAAGAGUUCUCUCAAACCAAGUAACUACAUUGAAGUUCGGAAAAAUCGUUCAGCACUUUGGAUUAAGCAUUCUGAUGCUGUUUCCGCCUUAAGCCUUUCUCAUUGUAAAACAUUGCUCUAUUCAGCUUCAUGGGAUAGAAGCAUAAAGGUGUGGCGCAUCUCCGAUAAGAGGUGCAUGGAAUCCAUCCCGGCUCACCAAGACACGGUGAAUUCCGUGGUGUGCGGCGUUGAUGGCCUCGUCUUCUCCGGCUCUGCCGAUGGAACCGUUAAGAUGUGGAAGCGGGAAACUCCCUCCUCCCGCUCCACCAAGUGCACCAAACACACCAAUGCACAAACCCUGCUCAAGCAAGAAUCCGCCGUCACCGCCCUCACCCUCGAUGCCUCCUUCUCUACCCUCUACUGUGGCUCCUCCGACGGUCUCGUCAACUUCUGGGACAGUAACAACAACUUCGCCCAUGGCGGCGUCCUUAAAGGCCACAAACUAGCCGUCCUUUGCCUCGCCGCUGCCGGAACCUUAGUUUUCAGCGGAUCCGCCGACAAGACAAUCUGCGUGUGGAAGAAGGAGGGAACGAUCCACACGUGCGUGUCGAUGUUGACGGGGCACGAGGGUCCAGUGAAGUGUCUGGCGGUGGAGGAAGACAAGGAGGCGAAGGCGCGUGGUGGUGAGAGGCGGUGGGUGUUGUACAGUGGGAGCUUGGAUAAGUCUGUAAAGGUCUGGAGCGUUGCCGAUGUUGGAGGUGGUGAUAAUCAGGAGCAGCAGCGCCACCACCGUAUGUUUUCUGAUUCAGAUUCAAUACCAUUUGCUGAAUCUGUUAGUAGCUACUCUUCUUCGUGCCGGAGCAAUAACAGAAAAUAACUGAAACAAACUGCUCUGGCCUCUGGGUGUAUGAACGCUGGUGAAUCAGUUAGACUAGUGUGUAUAACUGUAUAUUGUUUUGUGAUGGGCCUUGAAAGGCCCGGCCCGGCCCAUAUUUUGAUGCCCC